AUGGAUGCACGUGGUCCCUGGCCGGGCGGCUGUAUUGCAGUUGCGUGGGCACGCGGGCGCGGUGGACAUCCACGUGGUGUAUUUCGCCACGGGCACUCCGGGGCUGGUGCAACCGCGGGGCGGGACAAUGAAGAUGUGAAGGAACAGCGCCGCCAGAUGCGACUUGCUGUGGCCGAUUCUACGGCCCCGCAAAGUGAAGCAUUCUCAAUGGUGACGGGCGACUUGCAUUGGAUGGUCGCGGCCGAGGACAUGCUGGUCAAGGCCACCGCCGAGGCAUCUGGCCAGGGCGACGCUUCGGAGGAGCAGGAUGCCUCGGCAACCCUAUGGAGGCCGGGCGGCUUCUACGAACUCCGGCAGCCUGGGGUCACCCACGAACGCGCGCAGGUGUGGAGCCGUCUCGACCGUUUGUACUGGAACGCGUCGGCGGUCGGGCAGCUGGACAGGUGGCCGCAGCCCAUCAUGACGGCAGACCAGAUGCAUUUCGAGGCCGCCGCUCGCCCGCCAGCCGAGUCCAAGCAGAACCAGGUGGGCGUGGCAGUCUCGUUCGUCCGCACCGCUGAACGAGGCGAUGUUGGGGUGAUGCAGCGAUGCUUGCAGUCUCUGCCGCGCCUUCGUGCAGUCGCGCCGUCGCCCCUAGAGCUCACCGGGUGCAAGGGCGCCGCUUUAGACCCCUAUCGUAGCUUGAUCCUGGUCCUGGCCCGAGACGCUGCCAUAGGUGAGCUCGCUGACCUGCGGGAUCAUUUGGCCGCGCAAGCGCGCUGGGGCCGCAUCCACCGCGCAUUGGCGCGCCUCUCGCCGGGUCGUUCGACGAGUCUGGUGGGGGUCGUCGGGCCUGCGGGCGAGGUGCUAAGUGAGCCGAGCGCCACGGCUGCUGCCUUGCGCGCGCGCCAGUGCGGGGCAUUUGCAGAGCGGCCCGUGGACGCGGUAUUGCUGGAGCAAUGG